AUGGGAGAUUACAGAGCUAAGAAGCUUUGGAAAGAGAUUUUGGGUCGGGGUUUUAGUAAGAGCACAGUUGCAUUCAAUACGAUGAUUGGUGGGUUAGGCAAGAUGGGGAAAGUCGUGGAAGCACAGGCUGUUUUUGAUAGGAUGAAGGAACUUGGAUGCUCACCAGAUGAAAUAACAUAUAGGACUUUGAGUGAUGGAUAUUGUAAAAUUGUUUGUGUUGUUGAAGCUUUUAGAAUUAAAGAUACGAUGGAAAGACAGACAAUGUCUCCUUCCAUAGAAAUGUACAAUUCCCUUAUUAAUGGACUUUUUAAGUCUAGGAAGUCGAGUGAUGUUGCUAAUCUUCUUGUUGAGAUGCAGAGAAGAGGACUAUCACCAAAAGCUGUUGUUAUAAUUAUGGUUGGUACCAGAGCGGGUCGUAUCCACCGCCGUCCGCCGCCGUCCGCCGCCGUCCGCGCCGCCGUCCGCCGCCGUCCGCCACCGUCCGCCGGCCGUUUCAACCGGCGACUACAGGGUUUUGUGCGCCUCGAGGAGCGCAACUCAGCGCAACUAACCGCUGGGCCAGGAGCUUCCCCACGCGCCGUCACGCACCAUCUUCGUGCGCGCCAAACGCCGGCGCGUGACCACCACGCGCCGCCCUCCCCUUGCCGGAAACGCGCGCGUUUGCUUCCGGCCGUCUCGUCGGGCUCUCCUGAGUCCGUAUCAGCCAUUAGUUUUUGGUUUCGGCACUUCGUUGAGUGA